AUGAUUAAAACAGGUUGUCAGUUAUUAACUCGAUGGCAAUCGUUAACUGUACAGCCAUCUGUACGUCAUAUGAUUGCCGGUCGUUCACGUUCGGAAACACCACAAGCUGUACCGGAUGAUUGGGGUACGUCAAAACCACUUGAUAAACAAUCGAUAUCAACACCAAUAAAACGAAAUGAGAAACGUUUUGAAGAAGGAGAAUUUAUUAAACCACAAUGGGAAAGAAAACAAAUUAAUCAUAUAUGGUAUGGUUAUGAUUACAAUGAUAAAUUUCGUGAUGAAGCUAAAAUGAAACAACGAAUGUUUUCUCUUGUUUCUAUUGGUCUUUUUCUAUUUUGGUUUAGUUGGCGAUAUUUUCCUGAUCGAUUAUUAACUCAUUAUUGUCAACGUGAAGCUUAUCUUCGUUUAGCAUUACGUGAAAGUCUUGGUCUACCAGGUGUUAAUUGUUGGUAUGUUGAUCCAGCUAAAAUUGCGCCGUAUUUACCGAGUGAUGAAGAACUUGGUGAUAUGCCCAUUGAAAUUUAA